AUGGUAGAGACGAAUACUCCGCAUUCUGAGUGGAGGAAGGAACGGCCUAGUUUGAGAGAUGAUCCGCAGACAUCAAUCAAAGUGGCAUAUGAGUGUGUGAAGAAAAUAUUAGAACUCGAUACAGAGAACGUGGUGAGUGACUUGAAUGUUAUGGAAAGUGUAAACAAUGUGUCAAUACUAAGAUUCAGAGAUUUAGAACUAUAUUGCUCAGAAAUGAAGGCUAAUAGUGAGAUUAUAAAGAAGGCUGAUGAGGAGCUAAAGAAGACAGUACCGAUGUUAGAUAAAAUCGAGCGGAAAAUCGACUCGUUGCACUCAAUAGUGUUGGAAAUGAACGAAUGGUCAAAAGAGCUUGAGGUAAAGAGCAAAUAUGCAUCAUCCAAAUAG